CGCAUCCAAGAUGGAGACCGCAAACCCCGUAAACGCCGGACAUAUGAUGAGCUUGGCAGCUCUGCAGAGACAAGACCCGUACAUAAACAAGCUUCUCGAUGUUACAGGCCAGGUGGCUCUCUAUAACUUCAACUCCAAGGCCAACGAAUGGGAGAAGACGGAAAUCGAGGGGACCCUGUUUGUUUAUGCGAGGUCGGCCUCCCCUCGCCAUGGCUUCACCAUCAUGAACCGACUGAGUACAGAGAACCUUGUGGAGCCGAUAAAUAAAGACCUGGAGUUCCAGCUGCAGGAUCCCUUCUUGCUCUACAGAAAUGGCAACUUGGGUAUCUACAGUAUUUGGUUCUAUGAUAAGAGGGACUGUCAACGCAUCGCUCAGCUGAUGGUGAAGAUUGUGAAACAAGAAGCCGACUACGCCCAGAGAAAGUCGCCAGAGAGGGCAGAGCCAAGGAGAACGAAUGGUGUCGCAGAACCACGACCCAUUGACAUCCUGGAGCUGCUCAGCAAGGCCAAGGAGGAAUACCAGAGAGCCCAGGCAGGUGAAACAGAUGUGUCGACAGAACCGAACAUGAAAGGAUCCAUCAGCGUUACAGAUCAUGUCCACGGUACACCUCAACCUGAAAAGAGCGCUCACACAGUGGUGAAGCAGAUCACGGUUGAGGAGCUCUUUGGCUCAUCUCUCCCUAAGGACCCCUCUCUACCCACCAUGCCUGCGCAGAUCACCUCUGCUCCCACUGACCCCUCGGCCGCCUACGUACAGAAACAGCCGUAUCAUACAGCGGUCCACCAAAGCCCACUCCUUACCCCUCAGCUUGCACCCCAAGAUCCUGGGUCCAACCAGCGGCACCAAGCUCCCGGUCUUCUCCCUGCUCCUUACACUCUACACCCUAGUCCUGUUUUCCAGUCAGUGGUCCCCAGGUCAGACCCCCAGGCUCACUGCUCAGCCUCCCCCCUCAUGGUGCCUCCAGCCGGCACAGAGCACCGUGCUGCUCCGCCUGGCCCCUCGGCGCCUCCACCGGCUCCGUCCGCCUACUUGGGACAGGAGAUCCUGAGCACGCUCAAAGCUCCAGUGCCGUCCGUAAAUUCGGACAUCCACAAACCCAUCCUCGCUCCCAACUUCCUGCCGAGCACCCUGGUUCCACCCCACAGCUUCCAGGAGCCCAUGGGGAAACCCAUUCUGCAGCACAGCAGCGACAUGGAUGUUUUCACUCAGCCCCCAAACCUGAUCAAGCCGAUGUCGGCUGUCCCCAUGAGUCCAGGUCUGGCUGUUCCAGGGUCGGGGAUUUCUGUGCUGCUGUCCCCCAGUGCCUUCCAGCAGGCUAUCAAUAAGAAAACGGCAGCAGCGGCAGCGGCAGCAGCAGCACCUCCUGCCCCCUCCGAGUCCUCCUCUGCCUGUGGAGCAGCUGUGGAGCCUCCAGUCAUUCACUGCAGUAAAACACAGCUACAGGAGACUCUGAUACACCUCAUCAAGAAUGACGCAGACUUCCUCGGUGCCAUUCAUGAUGCUUACCUACAGAGUCUAUCCAAGGACUUCAGCAACGUGAAGCUAUAGUUUCACAUCAACAACCGACAGAGCUACAGCUUUUUAUCCCCCCCCCCCAACAGACCGCAGGAUCAUGGGAGCUGGACGAAGUGCAGCGAUGCAGGUUUUGGACACUUCUGACUCUUCAACGUCACCCUUUGUGCUAAAAGUUAUUAUGGCUCCAUUUAAUCAGCAUCUGGAUCAACAUCUUAUCGCAGUAUGAACUUCAUAACUUUAUGGAUACGGUUAGAAACUGCCGGACACUUAUUGAUGAGGUUUUAGCCGUUAGUGGAUAAACUCGUCUGGAGGACGGGGACCACAAUGGAUUCCUCUCGACCUUCGGGCAGAUUAUUUUGAAGCUUGAACCUUGUGGGAAUAACAGACGCUUCUUCUCUCACUCGUCAUGCAGCUUUGGAGUAUGAUGACAUGUGUCUUUCUUGACCAACUGUCCCCUUUUUCUUUUUCUUUUUCUUUUUUUAUUACUUAUUCCACCUGGAGAUAAGGCUGAAGCCUGUAUAUUUUUGGUAAAGCCACAGAGACGCUGGAUAGCCGAUACAGUAAGAGUGGCGUUUUGUGUUUGUGCAGCGGUUUAUUGAGGAAUUCCUUUGAACCUUUUAUAAAGAGAAGCACUAAGAAGUCAAACUGAUCAAUUCCUCUCAGCUGCUUUUUUUUUUUUUUUUUUUUUUUUUUUUAAAUGUUACAGACUGUGUUUAUACAAACUUGCCUCUUUGCCAGAUUUUCUUUCUUCGCAUUUCUUUUUUCUCCUCGUGUGUGUCGUCGUCUCUCCUCCACCAGCCGAGCUGAGAUGUUAUAAGAGGGGAAUGUGCAAUAGACGACAGUCGCCAAGCCUUUAGGGAUACCAGCAUUUUUGGGAUAUUUUAGCACGGUACUGCAGAGCUAUGUUUGCGUCAAUUUGCGGGUUCAGCAUCUAUAAUUUGAAUAGCAUGAGCAAAAAAAUAUGAUACAUUUUUGGAUUCUUGUUUACCAUCAGCCCUUUUAAUAUUAAAUGCUUAAAAAAAAAAAAAAGAAAGUAGGAGGAAGUGACGCGCUUUAACAGCUUCAAACGAGUUCAGUUUCACCUCGAACCAACGAUGUAAAGUAAAAGCUACCUCUGUUGUCGUUACGUUUUAUUUUUCCAAGACAUUUUUAAGUCACGUUGACUUAAAAACAAACUUUUUUCUUUUUUUCUUUUUUUUUUUUGCAGUAAUAUGCUACUGCAGCACGCAAACCCUACAAACUAGAGAACAAAGCACAUCUAUACGGCCAUCGUGUGCAGCACUGAGUGGCUGCUGAUUGCAAAUAAAGAAAAGCGAUCUAAUGUACGUCAAAAAAUAAAAUCAGAGACUCAAGACUUUUCUUUUUUUCCUCUUGUUAUCAAUUUAUUUUAAUUUUGGUAAAAAAAUAUAUAUAUAUAAAAGAAAGAGGUUAUGGAUUUUCACUUUUUUUAUAUAGAUAUAAAUGUGAAAAAAAUCUUCAAAACAAAAAUGGCUGAAUCUCUGCAUCAGUCCUCUUGUCACCUGCGUCAUCAUGACUUCAGCUCCUGCAAGUUGAAUGUAUUCAUUUCAGCCCUGGUUGUCUUCUGUCUUUAAUCGUGUAACUUAAGCUACAAGCCUUUUUUUUUUUUCAUUUGGCUAAAUUUAGAAUGUAAAAAAAAAGAAAAGAAAGACGACAUCUGCAGCCGUUUGACCAGAUCAGAUCAACCCUUUACUUCAGAUGUGGGUUUUGUCCCAACACUUGUGUCAUGUGUCGGUUUAAUAAAGUAAGAUCUCUUUUUAAUCGCAGUCCCAUAUUUAAGAUUUUAAUGUUAUUUUAUGCUUUGGUAUAAUUUAUCCUUUUGGCCAGAGAUGUGAGUUUUGGUAAAGUCUUUGCAAAUUACAUUAUUUUCUAUGGUUGAUUGUCACUGCGCGUAAAUUGGAUAAUUGUGGAUAUUUUGUGAUAUUAAAGAUUUGAAAUUUA